AAAUACCAAGCUUAAGAUGGCGGUUAAAGGCAUUGCUUUUUGCCAUGUGGAAAAAAACCUAAAAGCAUUAGAGAAGUUGCCUCGCGUGGUACUUAAUAAUAUUAGAGAUUUUCCUGAAGCAUUCAAACCGCAUCACAGAAAAGGUCGGGGGCCUGGUUCAGGUCGUGGAAAGACAUCAGGAAGAGGACAUAAGGGCCAAGGUCAACGAGGAACAUUGCCAAGGAUUGGUUUUGAAGGAGGACAAACUCCAUUCUACCUUAGAAUACCAAAGCAUGGCUUCAAAAAUGUAAACAAAAAGAACUAUGUGCCUUUAAACUUGAAUAGAUUACAAUAUUUUAUUGAUUGUGGUCGUAUCGAUGUCAACAAGCCUAUCAAUAUGAAUACACUUUGGACGACAGGAGCUGUGUCAAGACUUCAAGAUGGCGUGUGUCUUUUAGGAACAGGCUCGGAAAUAUUCAACUCAAAAAUAGAUAUUGAAGUCAGUCGAGCUUCAAAGAAAGCCAUUGAGACAGUAGAACGACAAGGAGGACAGGUUACUUGUGCUUACUAUACCAAGUUAGGAUUACGUGUCCUCGUAAAACCUUGGAAGUUUGAUACGAAAAGGUUACCCAGAAAGGCUGCACCACCACCUAAGCUAGAGAAAUAUUACAAAGAUCCAUCGAAGAGAGGAUAUCUUGCUGAUCCGCAAGAAGUAGAUGAAGAAAGAAAGAAAGAAAGUUUAUCGAAAGAUUGAUUCUGAAUCAAACGUAUUUGGAAAUUCGCAAUAAAUAGUCAAUAUUUUGCAUACAUGUGGCAACUUAUUUCGUUUGUGUUUUUUAAAGCAACUUUUCCCGAUAAACCAAAUCAACGGACGACAUAUAUUUGUAUUGGUAAAAAUAUUACUAGUUGCAAUUACAAGUAUAAUAAAUGC